AUGAGCUUGGCCAACCACCUCAUCAUUGUUUGCGGGCACGCUAUAUGGCUUGGAGGGCCUAGGAAGGGCUACGAUGAAGCAGAAUGGCUCAUAGAAAGCUACAAAGCCGGAGAAACACCCACAUUCAUCGAGCAUAUCAAAGCUGGUGUUGAGGCGUUGGGUAAGGAUGAACGCGCGAUAUUAAUGUUUUCUGGCGGGCCGACACGCAAAGAGACACGGAUCUCGGAGGCAAGGAGUUAUGCGAAUCUCGCCGCUGCAAACUCAUACUUUGGUCUGCUGCCCACCGUAGAAUGGCCAGCCGAUGUCGAGGCCCAUCCGCUCUCGCCAAUCCCGCUCCAUCCUCGCGUGAUGCUGGAGGAGCAGGCCCUCGACUCGUACUACAACAUUCUGUUCAGCAUUCUACAGUUCUGGCGUGCGACCGGAUGCCGUACGUGGCCAGAGCGGAUCACUAUCGUCAGCCACGCAUUCAAACGCACGCGGAUUGUGGACGGUCAUUGUGCGGCCAUCGGCUUUGCCCUUGAUAGAGUGCGUUUCAUUGGUAUCAACCCCCCGAACCUACCGCCGGAACUUUCGGGUGGGGAUCAAGGCAAACAAGGAGGAGUCGUGUCUCAAGAAAAGGCAAAUGCUAUGCAGGAUGUGCAGCUUGUCGUGGGACAGUGGGAGGAAGACCCGCAUGGCAUCUCACAAGCUCUGGCUGGGAAGAGAGUAAAACGCAAUGUCUGGGGCGUUAACCAGAUGCUGCUUCUCAGUGACGAAGAGAGACGCAAGAGCGGACUCAAGACCAGAUUCAUAGGGACGGACAUGGAGGCAUUGUCGGAUGACACGGACCGGCCAUGGUCAUAG